AUGUUCAAAAAAUUCUCAGCGGCCACAGAUAUCGCAGGCCAUACUCCUGUUAAAUCUUCAGUGCAAAGACAAAUCCGAGCUGCGGUCCUUUCCCAAUGGAAGAUAGAACCUGAGACUUUGGAAGCGAUCUGGCCAAAGAAAGAGGGACUCGUCCAUGUCAAGUGCAGAGAGCACGUCUCAGUGUACACAGUGAACUCCGAGCCGCUAUUUUUCCAGCAUUUCGACGGACCAUUCUAUCCCACACUGCGCCUUCUGCACAAGUAUCCUUAUAUCCUUCCCAAAGUUCAAGUUGAUCGUGGGGCUAUCCGGUUCCUUUUGGCAGGCGCCCAUAUGAUGUGCCCUGGAAUGACAUCCAAGGGCGGGCGCCUUCCUCCUGCGGAGGAGCAGAUACCUGCGGAAAACAUGGUCGCGAUCCACGCAGAAGGGAAAGAACACGCAGUCGGGGUUGGGAUUACAAAACUCAGCACCGAAGACAUGAAGAAAAUUAACAAAGGCGUCGGGGUCGAGACCGCGACAUAUCUGGGAGAUGAUCUGUGGUCGCUGACGACCUUAUAG